AGGACAUAAAGUGACAUAUCUUAUUAAAAUAAAUAUAAAAUUAUGGUGAAGCUUUAAGUGUAUCAUAAAUGGUUACUUUUUCACCAUAGCUAUUUUGUUUCACACGACAUACAGCUUAGCUGACAUGCACAACAAAAAAUUGCCUCAAUCAUAAUAUAAUCGAUUUUAAAGUGGUCAGGAUGAAUACUAUCUUAUUUAUGUUGUUUAUCGAUAUCUGAAUGUUGCUUUGAAUAGCAGUUAACAACUGAUGAAUCCUGAAAGAGAACAAAACAUGGGUCCUACAUUUCAUCGCUAGUUCCUGUUCCAAUCAUAGUCAAGAAACAGACUAUGAGGAACCAGAAAGUCAUAUUGUUCGACAUAAACCUGUUGGUAUUAAAACAUUGUUAAGGAAAACAAGAUUCUCAAGAAAAGAAUUACAAAUUAUGUAUCAAGGAUUUAAACAAGAAUGUCCAGCUGGUACACUUAAUGAAGAUUCAUUUAAAGAUAUCUACUGUAAAUUUUUCCCUCAAGGAGAUGCAACUGUAUACGCUCAAUUAGUAUUCAGAUCAUUUGAUCAAGAUCGUAAUGGAACUUUAACAUUUGAACAAUAUAUUCAAUGUUUAUCGUGUUUAAUGCAUGGUACACAAAAUGACAAAUUACGUUGGGCAUUUCGCCUGUAUGAUAUUAAUGGUGAUGGUUAUGUGACUAAAGGUGAAAUGCUUAAAGUUGUCAAUGCAAUUUAUGAUUUAUUGGGAAGAAAUACAGAACCGCCAAUUAAUGAGUCGACCACAGCUAAUCAUGUAGAAAGAGUAUUUCAAAGAUUAGAUUUAAAUCAAGAUGGUGUAAUAAGUUAUGAAGAAUUUUUACAGGCGUGUACUUAUGAUCAGACUGUUUGUGAUGCCCUUGAUAAACUUACAACUAUUUUAUAAUGAUUGUGCAUUUUUGAUUACUUUCAAAUUAUAAAGAGUUAUAUAAACACUAUAUAUAUAUAUAUAUAUAUAUAUAUAUAUAUAUUGGUCACUUGAUUAAUUUACCUGUCUAUAAUUAUUUACCUUCCUUUUUAUUGAAGGUGACUGAAGGUUAUUUACUAAUUGUAUUUUCCAAAAACACUUCAUAUUGAUCAUCUUUACUUAUUGGUGAAAUAAUAAGGAUGUGAGAUUAAUAAAUUUUCUUUAAGUUC